CUGUGAUAUGUGGCUAGCCUUGAGUUUAACAACAUCAACUACAGAGUUUCUUGAGCAAAGAAAUUUGGUUAUAAAAUGACUAACCAGGUUCAUGUAUUUAGUAGUGUAUUAAAAUGAAGAAUUUAUUCAAUAUCAUAACUAUAUUCCUUUGUGUAUUGCUCAGUUGGGGUCGUGCUGAUGGAGCUCAAAAGAGAGAAAGUGGAGAGGCUUCUUUUCACAGAAUUCAAGCCAGCUCUCUUUUUCCUUCAUCAUCAGCACCAUGCGUUUUUUCUCCGAGAGCAUCUAAUACCAAUUCGUCGCUGCACGUGGCGCACAGAUACGGCCCAUGCUCGAGUUUAAGCAGCAAGAAAGCCAUGACGAGUCUCGACCAUGACGACAUGCUCAGACUCGACCAGGCGCGCGUAAAAUCCAUCCACUCGAGGCUUUCGAAGAAGCUAACAUCCCGAGAUAGAGUCAGCCAAAGCCAGUCAACAGAUCUACAGGCUAGAAGCGGACGCACACUCGGUUCAGGGAACUACAUCGUGACGGUCGGAAUCGGGACGCCGAAACACGAUCUGUCUCUGGUCUUCGACACAGGGAGCGACCUGACGUGGACUCAAUGCGAGCCAUGUGCUGGAAGUUGCUAUCCCCAAAAGGAGCCAAUCUUUAACCCUUCUUCCUCUUCUUCCUACUCCAACAUCUCCUGCUCGUCCACGGUUUGUGAUUCUCUCGCUUCACAAAGUCGCUAUAAAUAUUGCUCGGCUUCCAGCUGCGUCUACCUUAUCGGCUACGGCGAUAACUCCUCCACCUCCGGAUUUCUCGCCCAGGAGAAAUUUACUUUAAACUCCGAUGUCUUCGACAAUGUUUACUUUGGCUGCGGUCAGAACAAUUAUGGACUUUUCAGAGGUAUCGCCGGACUUCUCGGUCUUGGCCGCGGCAAAUUCUCAUUUCCUUCGCAGACGGCGAUGACCUACAAAAACAUAUUCUCCUACUGCCUCCCUUCCUCCCCAGAGUACACUGGCCAUCUCACUUUCGGAUCCGGUGGAUUAUCCAAUGCCGUCAAAUACACUUCUAUUUCCACAGUAGUCCAUGAGAGUGCAUCCUUUUAUGGCCUCGAUAUCCUAGGUAUCUCCGUGGACGACAAGGAACUGGAGAUACCUGUAACCGUGUUCUCUACUCCCGGUGCAAUAAUCGACUCCGGUACCGUGAUUACUCGCCUACCGCCCACGGCCUACGCGGCACUGCGAACCGCGUUCAAGGAGAAGAUGUCGAAUUAUAAGACUGCUUUGGGACGAUCGCUAUUUGACACGUGCUACGAUUUCACUGGCUUGGAGUCUGUGGAAAUCCCUAAAGUCUCCUUCUCCUUCAAAGGCGGCACCGUCGUGGAACUUGACUUAAAAGGGGUUUUGUACGUGUUUGAUGUGUCGCAGGUUUGUUUGGCGUUUGCAGGGAAUAGCAACGAUGAGGACGUGGCCAUUUUCGGGAACGUUCAGCAAAGGACAAUGCAAGUUGUGUACGACGGUCCGGGCGGUCGGGUCGGGUUUGCUCCCAAUGGUUGUAUGUAGUUGAUGACAAACAAUAUAAAAUUGGUAAGUUUGUGUUUUGAGCUUUAUCCUUUAAUCAAGUGUUUGUAAGCUUGAGUGGCCGUCUGUGAAAGUGUCAAGUAUGUGUACGAGAAUAAGUUUGCUUGGAUGCAAUAGUUCCUUUUCUAUGGUAUAUAUUAUCUUAAUACAGCU